AUGUGGAGAAUGGGCUAAAAACCAUAUUCUAAAUUCUUUAUGAUGGGAUAAAGAGAUAACUUUUAAGUUUUGCAAAGCGAAAUAUCCAAAUAAAUAAAAUAUAUACCUCAACCAGUUUUAGAUCAAUAGUUAAUAGAGUAAUAUAAAUAUGCGGAUUCUAAUUUGCUAUUAAAAGCUAUUUCAGCUUAAAAACUGCUUUAUUUGCAAAAGAAAUUCUAUUAAAAUACAUCCUAUACAACCUUAUAUCCAUAUUUAAGAGAGCUAAAUAGAUAGUAAAAACAAGCAGAGAUCCUCCAAUUAACAUAGAAUUUAGAUAAAAAAUUUAAAUUUAGUACUGAUAUUGAUAAAGAUAAAGUAAACGCAUAAAUUGUUUAUGCAAGAACUUGCUUCGAGUUAAAAAAUGGUCCUAUGCAGUUAGUCCCCCAAAUAUAAAGCAAAAGUUUCACUUAGAGGAUCUUUAACUAUUUAUUAUAUAUUUAUAUUUUUUACCUCCUGUUUGGUAACUUUACUAUAUAAGCUGAUUUUUCAAGUGAUGAAUCCUCCUAAUCAUCUGAAGAAUAGUCCUUCUUUUCUAAAAUUUGGGAGUACAUUGUUGGAAGCGAUAAAGGUAUAAAUAAUUAGCAAAUUACUAUUUAAAAUAAGAAUUUUAUUAUGCACUUAAACACAAUAGAUAAUAACAAAAAUAAGAACAACGAAAAUAACAAUAAGAAUAGUAAGUAAGAAGCAUAAGGAAAUGAUAAUAAAUAAAACUAAAAUGCACCAAAAUCUAACAAUUUACUCAAUAGAUUCUUUAAUAGAGGAGUUGAAAUUUAAGAAGAAAAAAAUAUUAAAACAAGAUUCUCUGAUGUUUUGGGCAUCGAUGAAUUCAAAGAAGAACUCAUAGAGCUUGUUGAUUAUUUGAAAAAUCCUCAAAAGUAUCAUGAAGCAGGUGCAAAGCUUCCAAAAGGUAUCUUAUUGGUAGGACCUCCCGGAACUGGUAAAACUUUACUUGCAAGAGCUUUGGCUGGAGAAGCAGGAUGUUCAUUCUUCUAUAAGAGUGGUUCUGAAUUCGAUGAAAUGUUUGUCGGUGUUGGUGCCUCAAGAGUCAGAGAACUCUUUAAAAAGGCAAGAGAAAAAGCUCCUUCAAUUAUAUUUAUCGAUGAAAUCGAUUCAGUUGCAGGCAGUAGAAGAAGUACAGAUCCAUCAAAUUCUAGAGAUACAGUUAAUUAAAUUUUAGCAGAAAUGGAUGGUUUCAAAUAAACAGACAAUGUUAUAGUUAUUGGAGCCACUAACUUUGAAUAAGCCAUUGAUCCAGCUAUCAAAAGACCUGGAAGAUUUGAUAAGUUAAUUCACGUACCUCUCCCCGAUAUACGUGGCAGAGAACAGCUCUUUGAAUACUAUUUGAAAAAUAUAAAAUAUGAUCCUGAUGUAAAAGCAAAAGAGUUAGCUAGAUAAACAAGUGGAUUUUCUGGUGCAGAUAUUUCAAACAUGGUUAACAUCUCUAUCUUAAAUUCCAUUAAGAAUAAUAGAACAAUAGCUAAUUUGAAAGAUUUUGACUUUGCUUUAGAUAGAAUAGCUAUGGGUAUAGGAAGAAAGAAUAUGUUUAUUACAGAAGAAGAUAAAAGAACUACAGCCAUCCACGAAGGUGGACAUACUAUUGCUGCAUUGCUAACUGAUGGUGCUACUCCUCUCCAUAAAGUUACUAUUUUACCAAGAGGUGGUGCCUUAGGUUUUACAUCUAUGAUUCCAGAAACUGAUAAAUUAAAUCACACAAAGAAAUCUAUGAUUGCAAUGAUUGAUGUAGCUAUGGGAGGAAGAGCUGCUGAAGAUAUUUUUAUUGGCAAUGAUUAAAUUACUACAGGAUGCAGCAGUGAUUUAUCUAAAGCUACUGAAAUAGCCUAUUAAUAUGUAAAAAAUUUAGGUAUGAAUGAAGAGUUAACACUUAUAUCUGCCAGCAAUAAAAUUUAAACCUCUGAUACUUAUAAUUACCAAAUUGACUUAGAAGUUUAAAAAUUAUUAAAGGAGUCAUAUGAUAGAGUUAAAAAGCUUUUAAAAUCAAAUGAAAAAGGAUUAUGGAACCUUGUAGACUCAUUAGUAAAGAAUGAAACACUUACAGCUGAAUAAAUCAAAGAAAUUGUUUUAUAAGGAAAAAAAAUUUGA